UAUAAUUUAAUUUAUUUUUGGGUGAUUUUCUUUUCGACGUACAAACAAGUGCGUUUUUUAACGGACGAGGCGUCGGCAGUGUGCGUGUGUGUAGUGAGCGGUCGUGGAAGUACUGUAGAAGCCGCAGCAAUGGUUCGGUCCGGGCGGACGGUGCGGUGUACGGCAGUGAUGCUGGCCGCCGUGUUCAGUGCGACUGCGUUGCUGUGCAGCUUGUGCCCCGGUGUGGAUGCGUUCAACGUGGACGUGGACCACAUCGUGCGCUAUUCCGGAAGAGGCGCCGACGACAUGUUCGGCUUCAGCGUGGCCCUGCAUAAAGAGUCUCAGUCCGGAGAGAGCUGUUAUUCCUGA